GACCCUAUAGUUCGAUCGAUCCGACUAACACUGUGGUUUCAACGGGUUGGUUUUGGUCCGGUUUUAAAAUCAUUUUCCCUCUGAGAUUUUCCUUAAGUUUCUGGGUCCAAAAACUAAAUGCUGUAGGUUCGGUUCCUUCUACGAACAGGCCUGAUUUUCCUUUGCUUUUCUUCAUUUCUACGGCAUCUUUCAUUCUUUGAUUUGAUCGAAUCUAUUGCUAGGAAGCAAUUGCUUGCGAGUUUGAAUCGCUACCCUUCCAUUGGGUUUUACAAAUUCGUCCGGAAUUUGCGAGACCUCGAUCUGAGUCCGAAUUGAGCAUUUCGAAGGAGGCAAAUCUUCGUCCCCUUUGCGAUGGCUGUCUCAACUAUGGCAUUAUAUGCUAGUUAUUGAUUCCUUGUAGAUGAUUAUAACCCUCAAUUAAUAACAAAAUUCCAAAAAAGAAGAAGAAGGUGAAAUCCGACUCAAGGAUCAAACAUCCCUCUCGUUCGAAUUCCUAGUCCCUCUCAAGUUCAAAUCUCAAACCCUAGCUACGGUUCUCCUCCCAAUCCGACACCAUCUCCUCCUCCGCUGCUGAGGGCGGGCCAAACGCUGCUAGGGCUGUGUGUUUCUCUUCCCGUUCCGCUAGUUUAACUGCACGAAGAGGAGGCUGUUCUGGUGGAACGCAGCAACCAAGUGAUUGCCUUUGAUUCCAGAUCCAUACUGCCAGGCUCCUAAAUUCAGCCACACCGUCCGGAAGAAUCAAGACACAUAGAGAGAUGGAUCCUGAUUCAGUUCGAUCAAAACUAUCUAAUUUAGCAUUUGGAAAUGUCAUGGCUGCAGCUGCUCGUGAUUAUCAAAAGGAAUUGCUAACUCAAGAGAAGACACAAGCAUCCGCUUCAACUAAUCAGGAGGUUGAUCUGGAUGAGUUGCUGGAGGACCCUGAACUGGAAAAAUUGCACGCAGAAAGGAUUGCGGCCCUGAAGAAAGAAGUUGAGAAACGACAAGCAUUAAAGAAGCAAGGGCAUGGAGAGUACAGAGAAGUAACAGAGGGCGACUUUUUGGGUGAAGUCACUGGGAGUGAAAAAGUGAUUUGUCACUUCCAUCAUCGGGAAUUUUACCGUUGCAAAAUAAUGGAUAAGCAUUUGAAAUGCCUUGCGCCUAGGCAUAUUGACACGAAGUUCAUCAAGUUGGAUGCAGAGAAUGCUCCCUUCUUUGCCACCAAACUAGGGAUUAAAACUUUGCCUUGUGUCAUAUUGUUCAGAAAAGGAAUUGCUGUGGAUAGGCUGAUUGGGUUCCAAGAUGUGGGAGGAAAAGAUGAUUUCAACACAAAAACUCUUGAGGUUUUAUUGAUAAAAAAAGGUAUAAUUAGUGAGAAGAAAGAGGGUGAAGAAGAGGACGAAGAUGAUAACAAUGAAAGUAGACGUAGAACUGUUAGAGCCUCGGUUGAUCCUAAUUCUGAUUCUGACUGAAGAGGAGAACUAAAGAGAAAAAGGAAAAAGAAAUGCAGGUUUCUGCUUUCUUUGUCAGUUUCAUUUUGUUUUUCAAAUUAAUUACUUGCUUGUAUAAUAUUGUGACAGCUCUCUUUAGUUUUAGGGAGCCUGAUUUUGCACAAUGGAUGUAUUAAUUAAGAAUUUAAUAACAUUGUUUUGUUAAAAGAAAUUUAUUUGGAUUAUAGUAGUAAUCUGAUAUUUUUACAUUGUUUAA